AUGACUUACAAGUAUCGAGAGCUUACGGCGCCAGUGGCUGGAAGUUUGACCUUUCCAGAGCCACUCGCGAAAGCUCCAAAGAAAGAUGAAAUCCCUUGCCGAACGGUACGAGGGCCCGACGGAGAAUGGAUAGAAAUGGCGAGAAAUGAUCCUCAUCGCCCUCCUGGUCUCUACGGACAAAUUGAAGACGAACCUGAUCAACCAGACGACGAAGACCUCAUUCUCGACAGAGAAAUGCGCGCUAAACCCGCCUGGCACUUUCACGCUUCUGAACAUUGGUUCGAAUGUAUAAAUGGAGUAAGAAAGGAAGCUCUGUCUGGGCGAAGAUCCUGGGAAAGAGGGGCACACGGUGUUCUGGAUUGCGACAUGGAACUGAUGGAAAAGUUGAGAGUUGAGUCUGCGAGAAAGAAAGCUCUGAUGCUGCUGGAGAAGCUUGAAACGGAAGAAAAGAAAAAGAUGGCGGCUAAAGAAGACACAGUAAUUGGCUUCGUCGAAAAGAAAGUCAAAAAAGAAGCUCAAAAGAUCAUCGCUGCUCAGCCAGUUCCAAAAGGAGGCAACGCAAUGAUUCCACCUCCAAUGUCUGCCCUUCCUGACAUGGGCUACCAUCAGCAGAGCGUCAUCAAUCGAACAGAUAUUCUAACUUGGACGAGUAAAAAGGGCCACACCAAUCAAGUUUCGAAUUUUUCUGGCAAUCAAGUUGAUUCAAGUGUGGCGAUUGCCGGAAAACAAUCGAAGAGUCAAUCUGACGGACUUGCGAUGCGCAAGCGGCAGGCACCCUUGAAUUGGAACUUCGUAAAAGCGGGAUCAGAAAAAACGAACCCUUUAAUCGGCCCACAAGAUCCUAGUCUACCUUCAGGACCGACACCGAGCGAGAGAGCGCGCUUUGUACCAGAUGAUAUUGACCCAAAUGCAGCCAAGGCACUUGUAAAUUCCAUUACAAAGGACAAAUGCGACAUUUGCUCAAAGAGCUUUCAAAACAACGCCUCGUCGAGGAAUUCUCACUUCAAUUCAGAAAAGCACAAGCGGAAAUUGAACGUCUGGCUCAAGAAUAGAAAUUUUCCAACUGUAAAAUUGUGA